UUUUAGUCCUUACCCUUGAUAUACGUUCUCACAAACACAAAUAAGUGAGAGAGCUUUCACAGUCGGAAAAUGUGAACUCCCACCGAACAAUUCGCCGGAAAGUUCAAGUACAGAGUUCCCCGCCUAAUCUUUGAUCGCGAGUUGGAGAUAGAUUUGUAGUGAUUCGAGAAUUGGAUCGAGUGAUUUCUUUGAAAUGCAAGAUAUACAUUCGAUUGGAGGCGGAGGCGGGCGGUUGUUCGGCGGCGGAGGUGACCGGAGACUAAGGCCGCACCACCACCACCACCACCACCACCAGAACCAGCAGACCUUGAAGUGCCCUCGCUGCGACUCUCUCAACACCAAGUUCUGCUACUACAACAACUACAACCUCUCUCAGCCUCGCCAUUUCUGCAAAAGCUGCCGGAGAUACUGGACCAAAGGCGGCGUUCUGCGCUGUGUCCCCGUUGGCGGCGGCUGCCGGAAAACCAAACGCUCCAAACCAAAAUCCUCCUCCGACGCGCCGCCGGACCGAAAAUCGAACUCUCAUUCAAGCAGCGAGAGCUCAAGCCUCACCGCCUCAACCACGGCGGCGACGAUGACCUCCACCGCCGCCGCUGCUCCCGAGGUAGCGUCGGCGAGUCCUUCGACAUUUCCGGACUCGAGGUUUUUCAAUAUUUCGCAAACUACAAACCCUAGCUUUGAUCCGCCGUUGAUGGAUCAGUCAUCGGACGACGGGAUCUUCCCUGAGAUAGGAAGUUUCGCGAAUCUGAUGACGUCAUCGAACGAUCAUCAUCAGUCACUUCUAGGGUUCAACUUCAACAUCUCCGAUAUUUCGGCUCCGGCGUACCGGUUCCACCAACAGAAUCACGGAACGGUUUUACAGAAUCAGAAGAUACACGAGGACAACAGCGGGUUUCUGGAUCAGACGGCUCAGAUCGAUUUAUCAGGGGCGAACAAUGGUGGGGUCGAAGCACUGGAUUGGGAAGGUGGUGGAGAUCAAAACAUGUUUGAUCUUACUGGAACCGUUGAUCAAGCUUACUGGAGUCAACAAACUCAGUGGACUGACAAUGAUCAGGCACUCUAUCUCCCAUGAUCUCACCACUUAACUCAUAACCAAAAAAAAAAAAAUUAAAAAAAGAAAGAGACAAAAAUAUGAAUAUGAAUGAAUGGUUUUCUAUGUAAAUUUAUAUAUAUAUAUAUAUAUAUAUUGUUGGUUUUUGAAGGUGUUUUUGGUUUUAAUCUUUCAAUGUUCAUCUCGAAAUUAACUGUUAUGUUUUUUAUUUUUAUUUUCUGGGUUUCUGGUGUUCAAUGUAUUUGGAAAUUUUAGAGUGUUUUGAAAUCAGCUUCUAUUUGGUCUGGA